AUGAAGAAAAGUAUGUUUAUUUGUUGGGUUUUUUGUCAGCGAGAUGUUUUUUUAAUUUCUGUCAUUGUGACGUGCUUUUGUGUUUUUUUAUUUUUGUGUCAUUAUGACGGUUUUUAUAUUUUUAUGUCAUCUUUUGAAGAAGGCUUUGCAUCCCAUCCCCACUCCUCUCGGAAAAAAAUUUGUAGCAACGUCAGAUCGUGAUGACACUUUCUUUUAGAUAUUGUUUAUGAUAAUCCAUUUUUUAUUCCCUCAAUUUUUAGACCUUCAAAAAUGGCCAACACCAUCAAUAUUAACAAUUUUGGUCUUCCUACCAACAACAUUUUCAAUCGACUGUGAAACAGCACCAACCUCAACCCUAAAACACAUUUGUGAACAAUUGUCAAAGUGGGAUGAAGGAGCUCGAAAUAACCCACCACCAGAAAAAACCGCAUUACCUCCGGGCAUUGACGAAAAUUUGGCCGGUCUAGAGAUUCCAGUACAUGCUCAGACAGCCUUCGAUUGCAUGACUGUUGGCUGCCUUUGUGGGUAUUUGGGUAUGUUAAAGGUUUUUGUUUUUUUUUGUUUUUUUAGGUAACAAAAUUGAACACACAAGUUAUUGUAUGGGGACAGAAGUCUUAUACAAAGCUUUCUCCUUGCAAUAGAGCCCUUCAAGCAUGAAAUAUACACUUUCAAACUCAAAGUAAUCACUUUCAAACGUAAAAACCUCACAAUUCAGGUAGUACAGCCGAAAACAAUGAGCAAAGCCACUAUUGUAGACUACAAGAUGGCACACACGUUAGGAAAAGUCUACGAAAAGAGUAUCGUAUGCUUUCCGACGACGAAAGAAUGCGAUUACAUAGAGCUAUUAAAAAUGUAAAGCAAAGACAAGGUCCAGGCAGCUUCGACUUUUUUGCAAAUGUUCAUAGAGCUUUUGAUAAAGCUGGGGCAGCUCACUCUGGUCCUGGAUUUUUGCCAUGGCAUCGGGAGUACAUCAAACGGUAAGGUUUAAAUAUUUUUACUGUAGUGUAAAAUACGCAAACAGAGACAUACUACUAUGUGAAAGAGUUACAUAAAUCACUGUAACAAAACACUAAAAAUGAACUAAAAAACGCUUCUGAAGAUAAAUUUUAGGUUUGAAAUAGCACUCCGUUUAACGGAUCCAACCGUCAGUUUACCGUACUGGGAUUCCUCGCUUGAUAGUCGAAUUCCAGAUGCCAAAGACUCGAUUUUAUGGAGUGAGAAGUUUUUUGGAGACAGUGACAAAAAUGGCUACGUAAUAUCCGGAGAUUUCUCACCUUGGCAAACAAUUCAGGUAUAUUAUUAAGAGAGGUGAUAUGAUUAGUUUUUAGUACUUGAUUGAUUUUAGCACUUUCUUAUCAUUUGUUUAGGGUACAGACAAAAUAAGAAGGAAUGUUGGUGCCGAAGGUCAUCCUUUCAACGAUACUGAAGUCAAAAUGCUACUGAACAUGAACGAUAUUCAAGAUGUACUGGCCUUUACGGCUCCAACUAGAGUACGUUUUACUAUUUUAAAUCAAUACUGCUAAAAUAUUUAGUCCACAAUAUUAAUAUUAAGAACAUAAUUUUAAAAAAUUGUUGACAAUAACCAAAGCAAUGUUCAGAACUGCCCAAUCCGCCCCAACUUCUACUCUUUAGAAUACACUCAUGGUAAUGUUCAUAUCUUUGUUGGCGGUGACAUGUACGAACAAGCCACAUCAGGUAAUGAUCCUUCAUUCUACUUCCACCAUGCUUUUACCGACAUGAUUUGGGAGCUAUGGAGACAACAACGACAAGACCGGAAUUCAAGAGAAAUUGAGUACCCACUAACACAAAGCUCAUGUUCAAGCUCAUAUCACGUCUCAGGGGCGGACAUGUACCCGUUCGGUCCGUGGAAGAACAUUGACGGACUUUCGAAUAAAUAUACUGACGAUUUUUAUGAAUAUGAACCAAGACCGACCUGCUUCACUAAUCGAAAAGACUGUGGGUCUGAUUAUUUGUUUUGCAUGACAAACUUGGACCAGCCAGUUUGCGCUACCAAAAUUAAGGUUGGAGGAAGUUGCAAAGGCCUUAGGGAAGAAGAUAAACCUUGCUAUCAAGGAAUGUGUGUGGCUGAUGAAUGUAUUCCAGAUCCUGAUGUAAGAUUAUACAAUCUCGCGAUUCGUAUUUUACAAAAAAACUGAUCAGAAGUCUAAGCCAUAAUUUUUAAAUAUUAAUAUACUGACAUAGGUAAUUUAUGCUAACAGUAAGGUGCAAAUGCAUAAAAGGCUAACCCCCCAACACUAAUCGUGAACUAAUCUUACCAUACAAACAAUAUUGACAAACAUCACUAACACUAAAACAAAGAACAAAAGCUAUAAAAAUGUUUACAGUAUCUAAAACCAGACCUAUUGCCAACAUCAGACUCAGCUCCUAGAAUGCCAAAGUCGGCUCAACAGUCGGAAACAUGUUAUAAUACACGAGAAUGUUGUGAUACAUGGACUGCUGAAGGUCAAUGUGAGCAAAACAAAAAUUACAUGAGAGAACAUUGUCCAGCUAGCUGUGGCAUUUGUACUCCUGUAUCUUAUACAUUGAAUGACAGUAAGUGCUAAUGAUGCGGCCACAAAUUAGAUAGAAAAAUUGGCUUUUAGGACUUAAGACAUUCGCUUUGAGAGGGCACAGAAUUAUUUGAACCUAUAGAAUUUUUUUGUAUAAUACAAAAUUUUUUACAGCAUGUUCAAAUCGUCACAUUAAAUGCGGCCCUUGGUCUGCUAGCGGCGAAUGUUCCAAAAAUCCCAAGUACAUGAACGAGAAUUGCCGUAAGGCUUGUAAUCUCUGCAACAUACCAAAAACUUGCUCUAUGUCUACCAAAAGUACUACUAAUGUAUCAGCAACGGUUCCGAAGGAAGACAGUACUACAGUAUUGACUAGUACACUUGUUCCGGACAACACAGAGACAAUUGUACUUAGUACUCUACCGUCAGGGCCUUCUGUGACGACUACAGUACCUGAAGUUGUACCAGAGAGUACCGCAACAACUACAUUAUCAGCUACACUGCCACAGAGUACUCCUAUCGCUACAGUGCAAAAGAAGCCAUUAGAUUUACCGACUGAAACAGAGACAGAACGCGACAUAUUACCGUCGUUACCGACUGAAAAGCCAGCAAUAUUGAACCCAUUGUUACCAGAGAGUCCUCCCUCAACUACUGUAUCAACAGCGCCAUCAUGGGUGAGUAAAUGCACAUCUCCCGGUUGUAACAACGAAAAUAUGUGCUGUCAAUACUGGGCAAAUCAAGGAGAAUGUCGCAAAAACCCGAUUUAUAUGAUGUGUUGGUGCCGAGUCAGUUGUGGGGUUUGCACUCCUAACGACUAUUCAUAUGGAGAUUGCGCAGACUACAAUCCUCAAUGUGUCGACUGGUCGAAUAAUGGUGAAUGCGACAAAAACCCUUGGAUGUUGGAGAACUGUCGAAAAAGUUGUGGAACUUGUGUUAAUUUUAAGCAACUUAAAGAAUUCUGCGAAGCUAAUGGAGGUCGACAACGUAUUAACUUCACCACAGGUCGAAAUGACAAUAAUAAUCAUCAUCAUGGUAAAAAUGAAAAUAAUAUUAAGCAUCAUGGCCACGAUGUACCUAACCAUCAUCCAAAACAUGACCAAGUCCAUAGAGAUAAUAAUAAUCCCACUUCGAGCCAUUCGUACAAUUGGCCAUCUCAAUCUUAUAUAGGUAUACAGAAUAUUGCACCCAGAUCUAGUUGGGGUGGUGGGUAUUCAGGAGGGACAAGUGGUUAUGGUAGACCAAGAGUAUUUGAUGAUGGAUGGGGUAGAUGGGGACGAAGUGCUGAUAAGCAUAAGGUUAUGUGA